GUAACUCCUCGGAUAAGUCCACCAAUAGACAGGAUAUAUAUCACACUAGUCAACCAGCAAAUAGUUAUACGACAAAUCGAAAGUUGCGUAGAAGACUCUCUUUCUGGUAUAAACAAAUAGCACCAAUCAUUAUCUCCCCUUGACUUUCCUCUGAAAUUUCAAGCCACAUUCUUCUCCUCGCUCCUCAUCAUCCAUUCCCACUAUAUCUCAUGGGUUCCAGGAGUAGAAGAUCCUGCUCCUUUCUCGUUGCCGGUUUUGUCAUCUUUUCAUGUAUAUGUUUAGCAAAUGGGAGUGAUUUUCACAGACAGAAAAGCAGAGUUGACUCCAGAAAACAGCACAGCAGUUGCAAUGUGUACCAAGGGAGGUGGGUAUAUGACGAGUCCUAUCCUCUCUACGACUCAUCAGCCUGUCCGUUCAUCCGCAAGGAAUUUGAUUGCCACAAGUAUGGCCGCCCUGAUCACCUCUACCUUAAAUAUAGAUGGCAGCCAAGCAACUGCCAGCUGCCAAGGUUUGACGGACAAGAUUUGUUGAAUAGAUUCAAGGGCAAAAAGAUCAUGUUUGUUGGGGACUCUGUAAGUCUGAACCACUGGCAAUCACUGAUAUGCAUGCUUCACGCUGCAGCGCCCAAUUCCAGUAUCAUCAGACAAGAGUUGAAUAACAACAGCAUUUCCGCUGUAACAUUCCAGGACUAUGAGGUCUCCGUGAUGCUAUUUCAUUCCCUAUACUUAGUAGAUGUUGACGACGAAAGCAUUGGUAGAGUUCUGAAGCUGAAUUCUAUUAGGGAUGGCAAUUUAUGGAAGGACAUUGAUGUUUUAGUUUUCAACACGUGGCUUUGGUGGUAUCGCAGAGGACUGAAGCAACAAUGGGAUUACGUGGAAGUUGAUGGGAAGAUACUCAAGGACAUUGAUCGUAUGGCUGCCUUUCGCACAGCUUUGACGACAUGGGCCAAAUGGGUUGAUUCAGAUGUGGAUACUAGGAGAAGUAAGGUUAUCUUUCAGGGAAUUUCUCCGUCCCACUACAAUGGCACAGAUUGGAAUGAGCCAGGAGUGAGGAAUUGCUCAAGGGAGAUGAUGCCAUUCAAUGGAUCAGUUUAUCCGACCGGUUUGCCUCAGGCAGCAUAUGUAGUUAAAGAGGUGAUAGGUAGUAUGAAGAAACCUGUUCAUUUGCUAGAUAUAACAAGUCUCUCCCAAUUAAGAAAAGACGCACAUCCUAGCUCUUACAAUGGCUUCAAGGGCAUGGAUUGCACCCACUGGUGCGUCGCUGGCCUCCCAGAUACAUGGAAUCAACUUCUGUAUGCAGCCCUCAUCAGUUAGGCAGGCAAAGGAAACUAAGAUCAAAGUUGUAUAAAUAAAUUUGGUUCAGGGAGCAUAGCAAUCGUCACAAGCCACCAAAAAUAGAUCGAUGUAGUCCGUCAUUAUAUUUAGUGCCAGAGAUUUCAUGGCUUUUGGUAUUGUUCUUCAGCGUAUACUAAUUUAUUCUAAACAAACAUAUA